UCUCCCGCCUGAAACCAAGACUGAGGAAUACGAAGAAUUCCGUUUUGUAUCGAAUGUUCGAUUGUCUCGUUGCCGUCGUCCCAACAAUUGUAGAGCUUGCGCAUCGCAGUAGUUUAGCUCUGGAAAGACUCUCUGUAGUUUGCGCUUGCUUGGUUUUAGGGUUUCUGUUCUGUUUGUCAGGUUUCGUUUUGUGAAGUUUUUCAUUAUUUUGUUUUUUUUCUUCUUUUUUCUGGAUUCGCGACAAUUCAUGUCGGGUUCUCCAAGCUGGUUGAAGAGCUUGUGCACCUUGCGAUGGUCGUAGCUGACGAGGACGAGGAGGGCGGUGUGACAUGGAGGCUCCUGGGGGAGAGCCCGACGACGAUGACUUCGAUUGGGAGGCAGCGGUGGCAGAGAUCGACGACGUUUGUUUGAAGAGUCAGAGAAUUAUCGCUCCCGCGAGUGCGAUUGUCACGGCGAAUGCAAGUGCUCUUGCAAGUGACAUAGAUUACACCACUGCCUCAACAUGGAUUUACCCUGCCAAUAUACCAUACCGCGAGUAUCAAUUCAACAUUACAAAGACCGCACUUUUUUCCAACACCCUUGUUUCUCUGCCAACUGGACUUGGCAAAACUCUCAUCGCUGCGGUCGUCAUGUACAAUUACUUUCGGUGGUUUCCAACUGGAAAGAUUGUCUUCACAGCACCAUCCCGACCUUUGGUGAUGCAGCAGAUCGAAGCCUGUCAUAACAUCAUGGGUAUUCCGCAAGAGAUGGCCAUUGAUAUGACAGGGCAGAUGAGUCCGCCACAAAGAGCAGAAGAGUGGCGGAGCAGGAGGGUUUUCUAUGUGACUCCACAAUGUUUAGAGAAAGAUAUACAAUCAGGUACUUGUCCAGUAAACGAUAUAGUGUGCUUGGUUGUGGACGAAGCUCACCGAGCAACUGGCAACUUUUCUUACUGCGUUGUCACCCGUGAGCUUUUGGCUCGGAAUAUAAAGUUCAGGAUAUUGGCUUUGACUGCUACGCCAGGCUCUAAACAAGUUACCAUUCAGGCAGUCGUGGAUAACCUUCUUAUGUCAUGUUUGGAGUACCGAGAUGAGAAUGAUCCUGAUGUCAGCCAGUAUACACAUAAUAGGAAACUGGAACUUAUUCAGGUUAAAAUGAACGCCGAGACCAACAAAAUCAAGGAUAUUUACUUGGAGAUUUUAAAGCCUGUUGUUGACAAGCUUUAUCACUUGGGAGUUUUUUAUAGCAGGGAGUUUGCAAGGCUUUCGCCAUUUGAAUUUAUCACAGCAAGGGAUAAGUUUCGUCAAGCACCUCCUCAAUCGUUGCAGCAGCACCAGUAUCGGGAGGUAGAAUCUUUUUUUAGUAUGGCAAUAACCCUCUAUCACAUCUACAAGCUUCUGCACAGUCAUGGUGUUCGACCAGCUCUAGAAAUGCUUCAGACUAAGAUGCAGGAAGGGACACUGCGGUUAUUAGCAAGAAAUAGUAGGCUACAAGAAAUCAAGAAUCUGAUGCAGGAGAGUGUUGGUCAUGGAGCUCCUAGCCCCAAGCUGGUCAAGUUGGAGGCAAUCAUUCUUCAGCAUUUUCGUGACCAUGAUCCGCUGACAACCCGAGUGAUCAUAUUUACCAACUUUCGUGAAAGUGUCAAGGAUAUCCUUGAAGCUCUGCUGAAAGUUGGGCAUAUUGUGAAAGCAAUGGAGUUUAUCGGACAGAGUUCAGGUAAAGCAUCAAAAGGACAAACUCAGAAGAUGCAGCAGGCUGUCCUGCAGAAAUUUAGAUCAGGUGGCUUUAAUACAAUCGUGGCAACAUCCAUAGCUGAGGAAGGGUUAGAUAUCAUGGAAGUGGAUCUAGUUAUUUGUUUUGACGCGAAUAUAUCUCCUCUACGCAUGAUUCAGCGAAUGGGUCGCACAGGAAGGAAGCGAGAUGGAAGAGUGGUUGUGUUAGCGAGUGAAGGGGCAGAGGUACAAGGCUAUCUUAAGAAACAGGCGAAGAACAAAGCCCUUGGAAAACACAUGCAGCAUGGAGGUGUUAAUAGCUUCAGCUUUCACCCCAGUCCUAGAAUGGUUCCCCACAUGGUGAAACCACAAGUUGAAAUGACGGAGAUGAAGAUCGAGCAGUAUGUGCCUCGUGGUAAAAACAAGUCUGUGGAAGGCGUUGCUGUUCCUGACUCAGAAGGAGACGAGCUUACUGAAGAAGAACAAGCAUUGUUGCGGAAAUAUGCAUUACCUCCGGGCGCAGAACCGUGGAGACCGUCUCUUAUUGCUUUCCCUAAAUACCAACUCCUUCCAACCCCUGUACAUGCUGUGAAACAUUCCACUCGGACUGUAAGCAUGUUCAUUGAUGUUCUUCGAAGUCUUCAAGAGCCUGGUUUUCUUGGUAGUGCUAAGGACAGUCUUCCCAGUCAGCUCGGGUUUGCAUCUUUGAGUAUUGCUCAGCAAAACCUAGACACAGGCGCAGCCAUACCUACAGGUUCUGCUGUAGUCAAUUCUCCUGUGAAAACCUUUGAGGACAAUUUGGAUGAAGAUGAACCAGUUGAUCAAGAAAUGCCCUUCAACGAGGCUAUUUAUAUUGAAGAUCCUAACCUUAGAGGACCUCAAGCGUUUCCUAAUGAGCUCAAAUCGUCACAACACGAGAAUGUGAUUUGUAAUGAUAUUUUGAAUGCAACUGGACGCGUAACCUUUCUUGAAGAGAAUACACCGAGAAAUGAUUCUUCUCCGAUCAAGGACACUAUGAGGAAAUGUUCAACAGUGCUACCGGUUACAAUACACUCGCAUCAGUUCCUUUUCAACACUUCAAUAGUCUAUAAAAACUCAGCAGGCGAGCUUGAGAUUGCAUCACCUCCGGAAUGGCGACCGAGAGAAGUCACGAACGUUCCGGAUGACCAGCUGACAACCCUGGGCUCGUCUCCUCAGCGUGAGGCUCCCCAAGACGAUGAUGAGUUCUUCAUAGCGGGUACACCCGAGGACAAACUCCCGAGAGCAGCAACUUUAAUGGCAGGAUCUUAUUCAGUCGCUGUGAAAGAAGUGACUGCAGCGGAUAGUUUCAUCUCUCCUGCACCGGUUCCAUCCCUAGCGCAUGUGUCCACAUUAUCUCCGAUUUUAGAGACCCCGGAUUUAAAGAAACAUGAAACUACUCCGCCCUAUAGAUCAAGGCUUCGGCCUCCUCUUCCUCCUAGUCUACGUCGUGAAAUUGCCUCAACUUCCAAGCGAAUAUGUGAGACCUCCGGUGAUCUUCCUCGUAUGCUGGAGUCGGUUUCAAGGGCGGUUAUAACUAACAGUGACGUUGUUGAAGUUGAAAACAAAGCUCACUUGAGCCUUGACACUUACGUAGCGUCUCAAUCUCCAGCAAAACCCAAAGCUCUGAACUUUGAUGACAUUGCAGUUGGCCAUAAUGGGAUGCCAGAAUUAGACAAGAUCAAUGCUUUUCAUUCCAGGGAGAAAGUUCAAACUCAGCUGCCACAAUAUCUGCAGAAGUCACCAACUGUUCAAUUUCAAUCUCUGCAGAAGUCAUUACCUAUUCAACAUCAAGCUCAGCAGAGGUCACCACCUGUUCAGCCUCAAUCUCAGCAGAAGUUAUCUCCUGUUCAGUCUCUUAUGCAGCCUCAAUCUCAGCAGAAGUCACCACCUAUUCAGUCUCUUAUUCAGCCUCAAACUAGAGAUCAGAAGACACCGCAAACCCCACCUAUCCUGUUGCAUGAGACGAGUCCACGCAAUCCACAAACUGCCCGUGAUGUGCACAUCUUGAGCUUGAGCAAAGGGACUCCAUCCACGGGGCAGAAUCGGUCACGGAAAUUCAAGCGCUUGAAGAAAGCACGUGAUUUGGUGCGCACCACUCAACUAGAUCAAAUGAACAAGAAAAUGCGCGGAAGCUCUAAACAAGUUGAGCAUAAGCAAGUUGCGACGAAAAAGCAUACACGCUUAGGUGGAAAAGUGCAACGAAGAUUUGCAGUCCAUCCUUUCAUUGAUGAAGAAGCAGAGGAAUCAUCGGACGAGGCGGUCUCAACUGACGACUCAGAUACUGAAAGUGGGGAAGAAGAAUCACAAGAUAGCUUCAUUGAUACUUCCAACUCUCAGCAUCUUCACUCUGGCUCAAUCGACAUGAUGGCAGUUUAUCGACGAUCCUUGCUGACUCAAUCACCUGUGGGUGGAGGCUAUCUUGAGGUUACCACACCAACUGCAAACACCUCUAUUACCUUGGUCUCUUCUGACACUGGAGAAACACUUUCAAGGCGUAGCAAUGAGCCUCCCUCAGUUUCGAGGAUUUCAUAUUCUGCACCAAUCCCUCUGGGGUGCUCUAAGCGGAAUGGUAAUUCUGUCCCAAGUCGCCCGUUCAAGUGUCCUGCAGAUGGUAAAGAGAAUGUUCCUCCGAACAGUGUAGAUGCAACGCCAGUAACAUGUGCAAUUUUAGACGGUGAAGAUGCAGAUGACGGAAGGAAAUCCUCGGAAUCAAGGAAACGGAAACUGAGCUUCCAUCUGCAAGAAGAAGACGAUGUGUUUGCUGGGUUGGAUCUCGAUGCACUAGAGGAGGAAGCCACUUGUCAGGCUCGUCUCCGAUCAACUCAAGGCGUCUGUUCGUCUGCCGUUAUGCCAUCAUUUGAUCUGGGUUUCGAAGAUUGAUUUUGGUGCUCCUUGCAUCUUUUUUUCCCAAUUAUUUGCGGAUUGUUUAUCACUGCUGGUUUGAAAAAUGAGGACCAGUACGCAUGUUCAAAUCAUUAAGCCAGAUCAUUCGAGAUAUGGAGCUCAGUAUGUAGGUGAGCAGCAGGUCACUUAGGUUCUGGGGGGCUCCUCAAAAUCGACUCAUUAUCAGGUUUAGCAACGGGUCGUUUCAACAAAUUGGUGAGCGGGUAUAAGUGUAGCUUUUGGUAUGGCUAUUCAUCUUUCUCCCAUAUUACGAUAUUAGAUGUUUCAUAUGUUCAGUGGAAGCACAGUCCGACGAUGGUGGAGGGCUAUGAUUCUUUUAUUCAAGUUGAGAAAAAAGUCUACUCUUCUUAUGUACAACUAAAACACAAAUUCCAGAUCCAUUUUCCAAAGGGGGCACCUUAGAAGGUCAAGUAGUGCAGCAUCAAGUACACGCUAAUUUAACGUUAAAUUAGUUAACCUGUUUUAGGAGUUUCCAACUUAUACUAAUACAAUCAAUUUUUGAACAUUUUA